AUGCUGCAGAGUGUGGAGCAGCUGCAGAGGAUCCAGUCCGAGCUCCUUAACUCUCUGAAGGACCUGCAGCACGUCCAGAAGAGGUACCAUCAGCUCAGCCUCAUGGCUCAUGGUGCGCACCAGAAGGCCUCUGACGCUCACAGAGCCAGAAGGAGCGACCACGGCUUCUUUCAGUUCAGAUCCCACACAAACUCUAAGUUUGAUGAAAGUGAAGUGCUGCAGGUGAAGGACUGUGACGACCGCCUCACAGCCGCUCGGAACGAAUACCUGCUGCAGCUCACGGCUCUUCAGGCUCAUCAGCAGCAUUACUACAGCCAUGACCUGCCUGACAUCCUGGAGUUGUGCGUCCGCAGUCUCACAGUUGUGCGUCCGCAGCCUCACAGUUGGGCGUCCGCAGUCUCACAGUUGUGCGUCCGCAUCCUCACAGUUGUGCGUCCGCAGUCCGCAGCCUCACAGUUGUGCGUCCGCAGUCGGCAGCCUCACAGUUGUGCGUCCGCAGCCUCACAGUUGUGCGUCCGCAGUCCCACAGUUGUGCGUCCGCAGCCUCACAGUUGUGCGUCCGCAGCCUCACAGUUGUGCGUCCGCAGCCUCACAGUUGUGCGUCCGCAGCCUCACAGUUGUGCGUCCGCAGUCCCACAGUUGUGCGUCCGCAGUCCCACAGUUGUGCGUCCGCAGCCUCAUAGUUGUGCGUCCGUAGCCUCACUGUUGUGCGUCAGCAGCCUCACAGUUGUGCAUCCACAGCCUCACAUUUGUGCGUCCGCAGCCCCACAGUUGUGCGUCCGCAGUCCCACAGCUGUGCGUCCGCAGUCCCACAGCUGUGCGUCCGCAGUCUCACAGUUGUGCGUCCGAGUCCCACAAUUGUGCGUCCGCAGUCUCACAGUUGUGCGUCCGAGUCCCACAAUUGUGCGUCCGCAGUCUCACAGUUGUGCGUCCGAGUCCCACAGUUGUGCGUCCGCAGUCUCACAGUUGUGCGUCCGCAGCCUCACAGUUGUGCGUCCGCAGUCCGCAGCCUCACAGAGUUGUGCGUCCGCAGUCCCACAGUUGUGCGUCCGCAGUCCCACAGUUGUGCGUCCGCAGCCUCACAGUUGUGCGUCCGCAUCCUCACAGUUGUGCGUCCGCAGUCCCACAGUUGUGCGUCCGCAGUCCCACAGUUAUGCGUCCGCAGCCUCACAGUUGUGCAUCCGUAGCCUCACUGUUGUGCUCCCACAGUUGUGCGUCCGCAGUCCCACAGUUGUGCGUCCGCAGCCCCACAGUUGUGCGUCCGCAGUCCCACAGUUGUGCGUCCGCAGCCCCACAGUUGUGCGUCCGCAGCCCCACAGUUGUGCGUCCGCAGUCCCACAGUUGUGCCAGAUGGACAGCAGUCUGUACGAGGAGCUCAGGGCUCACUUCAGGCUCCUGUGUGAGACCGAGAUGGACGUCUGUGGAUCCACCCACCGAGAGCACAGCCGCAUCUGCCACUCCCUGCACCAGGUGACCCGAGAGCGAAGCGUGCAGCGGUUUCUUCAGGAGUCGCCUUCUUUCCGUGCGUUCCCUGAGGUCAGAUUCCAGCCGGAGGACCACGACCAGGUGUGUGUCCUCCAGGAUGUGGGUCAGAGUUGCCUGCAGACAGAGAUGAGGAGUUGUGCGUCUAAAGCGGCUAAAGCCUCAGAGCUGAUCACACACGAGGAGACGGUCCUGGAAACCAUGAAGGGCUCAGAGGACACUAUGAAGGGCUCAGAGGACACCAUGAAGGGCUCAGAGGAAACCAUGAAGGGCUCAGAGGAAACUAUGAAGGGCUCAGAGGACACUAUGAAGGGCUCAGAGGAAACCAUGAAGGGCUCAGAGGAAACCAUGAAGGGCUCAGAGGAAACCAUGAAGGGCUCAGAGGACACCAUGAAGGGCUCAGAGGAAACCAUGAAGGGCUCAGAGGACACCAUGAAGGGCUCAGAGGAAACCAUGAAGGGCUCAGAGGAAACCAUGAAGGGCUCAGAGGAAACCAUGAAGGGCUCAGAGGAAACCAUGAAGGGCUCAGAGGAAACCAUGAAGGGCUCAGAGGAAACCAUGAAGGGCUCAGAGGACAUCAUGAAGGGCUCAGAGGAAACCAUGAAGGGCUCAGAGGAAACCAUGAAGGGCUCAGAGGACACCAUGAAGGGCUCAGAGGAAACCAUGAAGGGCUCAGAGGACAUCAUGAAGGGCUCAGAGGACAUCAUGAAGGGCUCAGAGGACACCGUGAAGGGCUCAGAGGACACCGUGAAGGGCUCAGAGGACACCGUGAAGGGCUCAGAGGACACUAUGAAGGGCUCAGAGGACACCAUGAAGGGCUCAGAAGACACCAUGAAGGGCUCAGAGGAAACCAUGAAGGGCUCAGAGGAAACCAUGAAGGGCUCAGAGGACACCAUGAAGGGCUCAGAGGACACUAUGAAGGGCUCAGAGGACACUAUGAAGGGCUCAGAGGACACCAUGAAGGGCUCAGAGGACACUAUGAAGGGCUCAGAGGGCACCAGUGUUUACACAUUAUACAUUAUAACAGACACAUUAUAA